AUGACGGGAUCUCACGCGGCCGUGGAGCUGCUCAACCGAGGUCAUAAGGUUGUGGGCAUAUCGAGAAGCCCUUCAAGACUCGGAAAGCACGAGCGCUACGAACCAAAAAGUAUCGAACUAGGGAACUCCGAUGUGAUGGAAAUCGCGAAGCAGCUACAUGGCUUAGACGUAGUUGUAAACGCAUAUGGGCCACAUAGUCAACUGGGCUCUGCCUUCGCAUACAGGUCAUUUGUUGAAAUGACGAGAAAAAUACUACUGGCUUCUAAAGAGGCCAAGGUGCCGUACUUUGUCAUGGUAGGGGGGGCUGGAAGCCUGGAAUUGCCAGACAGACCGUACAUGACUGCCGCCGACGAUGCCAGCUUUUUCUCAGCAUAUGGCAGAGCGAUGAUUGCAAGCGAAGCGUACAUCACACACUGCCAGGACUGGGACGACAAUUUUGCUGCACGGCUCCGAGCAGCUCGCGAUUCAUGGCUUGCAGAGCGUGAGGGAAGGGGUACUGAGGAGACAAGAGAGGUGCUCGCCAGCAUGGACAAAACCAUGUCGGACAUGAGCAGUCAAGGGGUCGAUUUCAUCACCGGAGCGCGUGCAACCUACAUGUUCUUUGACGGUAAUACGUCUUUCAAAUGGACCUACAUUUCUCCUCCACCACUUUAUAGACCUGGUACUCGCACAGGACUGUACGAGGUUGUCCUUGACAGAAUGCCGCUUCAACUUGAGGAGAACGGGGAAGGCGGUGAUAACCUCUUCACAUUUGAGGGACGUCUCCAAAGCAUUUCCGUGACGGAUAUGGCGGUUGCAAUCGCAGAUGAGGUUGAGCAGCAGACUAAAGUAUGGAAACAUUGGUGUCCUUACACGAAGGGUCUGGAUGACAAACCAGGACCAACAUAUGCUACAAUUGAAAGGCCUAUAUAG